UGAUAAACUCAUCAACUAUUUUACUACCUCGCAUCCUUGCUCGCAUCUCAACCUCAGCGAUCACUUAAAAAGUUGGUUAAAGUUGGUGAUCAAUUGGUUAGUUGAUUAUCACAGGUGUUUUUGCAAGAAAUCUCACUUGUGUAACAAAAGCGCACAAAACACAUCGAUAAAUGAUGAGGGUUCCUCUCACAUGAAGCAGCAGAUAUUUGCUAACAGGAAAAACUUAUGCUCACAGUGACGAUCGUUUAAAUAUUAAGAUUUUGUCUAUGAUAAUUGCGUCACUGCAGUCGCGCUGUGAUAUCGUAUUCCGAAAUUACUUAAUUUAGAGAAAGCAGAUGACAAGCUGCUGUAAUAUUAAUCGGCAAGAAACAUGGCAGUCGGAGUAUUUCCAGCUCUUAAAUUAGGUGUGUUGUUUGUAAAACAGAUAAGUAAACCUUUGGCAAAGUUUCUUGUCACUCAAGCAAAGAACCAUCCACUUUUUAGGACGUACGUUAUUAUACCACCCGCUCAGUUUUAUCAUUGGGCAGAAGUGAAAACAAAAAUGUAUGUGAUGAAUCUCGGUAAGCCUACAAAAGUGGCGAAACUAAAUGAGAACAUGGCGAUUGAGCUGGGUGCUAGUUUGUUAGGUGAGGCAAUCAUCUUCAGCAUAGCUGGUGGCUGUUUGAUAUUUGAAUAUAACAGACAGGUGACAAAGGAGGCCAAAAAGGAAGAAGUUCGACAAAUGCAAAUACAGAAAUUCACAGAUGACAUUCAGGCAUUGUACAACACUGUAUUGCGACAGGAGUCGCAGAUUACUUAUUUGCAAGAUGCAGUUAAUGAAUUAGCCAAGCACACAAAGUACAAGCUAAAGACACCCGAAAUAGUAUCGCCACAGACGAAAAGCAAUAAUUUUGACGACAAUACAGAAGAGAGAAGUAACAAGAAUAGUGAAAAUAUAGUAGAAGCAAAUGCAGAAAGUGAGAACAAAUCAUUGAUACAACGUGCUAUAGUAUAUUAUAACAAUGAAUUGAAAGGAGACAAGCUUAGAUAAUUUUUUUUUUUUUUUUUUAAUCAUUUUCUUUGGAAUAUCUAUACAACACGAGUAUUUAUACGGCAAAGAUAUAGUUGGUAUUGGUUUUAAGAAAAAAUAUCUGUAACACUGCAUAUAAUUGUGUGACAUCUAUGUACCAGAGUUACAUUAGUUAUGCACACAAAUUUAGAUAUGUGGUGUGUGUUGUUUAGACAUUUAUUUUUGCCUUGUAUUUAGAUAAUUUUAAAUGUAUAUAUGUGUGAUAUUAAAUUUACAUGAAAGUUUA